GGGCGAGUGGGGGAACCCGGCGCAGGAACUACCGCCGCGACCGGGAGUGGUGCUGCCCGGACGGGGGCCCACGGCGAUCGGUGGGGCGGAGGACUUGAGGGCUGACAGCGCACACUUCACCCGCAGUAGCGACUGGGAAGAUAACUCAUUGAGCUGGAACCCCACCGAUCACCAAUAAAAAUGAAGGCGGCGGAUGAGCCGGCCUAUCUCACAGUGGGAACGGAUGUCAGCGCCAAGUACCGAGGUGCCUUCUGUGAGGCAAAGAUUAAAACUGUGAAAAGGCUAGUGAAAGUGAAGGUACUCCUGAAGCAGGAUAAUACAACACAAUUGGUUCAAGAUGACCAAGUAAAGGGUCCUUUAAGAGUCGGAGCGAUUGUUGAAACAAGGACAUCUGAUGGAUCCUUUCAGGAAGCUAUUAUCAGCAAGUUGACAGAUGCUAGUUGGUAUACUGUUGUAUUUGAUGAUGGGGAUGAGAGGACAUUGAGACGCACCUCACUUUGCCUGAAAGGGGAGAGACAUUUUGCCGAGAGUGAGACACUAGACCAGCUUCCAUUAACAAAUCCAGAGCAUUUUGGAACUCCAGUUAUUGCGAAGAAGACAAACAGAGGAAGGAGGUCUUCACUUCCUGUUACUGAAGAUGAAAAGGAAGAGGAGAGUAGUGAAGAUGAAGAUGUAGAUAAGCGCCGUCUUAAUGAUGAAUUAUUAGGAAAAGUUGUAAGUGUGGUAUCUACGACUGAGAGGCCUGAGUGGCAUCCUGCUUUGGUAAUAUCUCCUAGCUGUAAUGAUGAUGUCACAGUGAAAAAGGAUCAAUGUUUAGUUCGAUCAUUUAUUGAUGCUAAAUUUUACUCUGUAGCAAGAAAGGAUAUUAAGGAAGUAGACAUUCUCAAUCUGCCAGAAUCUGAGCUCUCCACCACACCAGGUCUGCAGAAAGCAAGUGUCUUCCUAAAAACUAGAAUUGUUCCUGAUAAUUGGAAAAUGGAUAUAAAUGAAAUCCUUGAGUCUUCCAGUAGUGAUGAUGAAGAUGGCCCAGCUGAAGAAAAUGAUGAAGAGAAGGAAAAGGAAGCCAAAAAGGAAGAAGAGGAAGUGAAGGCAAUGUCCUUGUUUUCAAAGUUGUGUUUUAUAUUUGAAUUAAUUAUAUAUUUGAAUAAACUUUUUAUUUUCUUGUAUUACAAAGGUACUCCAAUCAACAAACCACCAGUUUUGGGCUAUAAAGACCUUAAUCUCUUCAAACUCUUUAGACUGGUUUAUCAUCAAGGUGGAUGCAACAAUAUUGAUAGUGGUGCUGUAUGGAAGCAAAUUUAUAUGGACCUUGGCAUUCCGAUUUUGAAUUCAGCUGCUUCCUACAAUGUAAAAACUGCUUAUAGAAAGUAUCUAUAUGGUUUUGAAGAAUACUGCCGUUCUGCAAAUAUUCAGUUCAGAACUAUUCACCACCAUGAACCAAAAGUAAAAGUGGAGAAAAAAGACAUAGAAGAACCAAUGGAAGAGGCUCUAAAAGUUGAUCAAGAAAUGCCUUUAAUAGAAGUGAAAAGUGAGCCUGAGGAAAAUAUUGAUACAAACAGUGAAAGCGAAAGAGAAGAGACAGAAUUAAAAUCUCCAAGAGGACGAAGGAAGAUUGCUCGAGAUGCAAAUUCUAUUAAGAAAGAAACUGAAGAAGAGAAAACAGAGGACAAAUUAAAAGAUGAUACAGAAAAUAAGGAUCUAGAGGAUGACUAUGAAACUGCAGAGAAAAGAGAAAAUGAACUACUACUGGGGAGAAAAAAUACACCAAAGCAAAAAGAAAAGAAAAUUAAAAAGCAAGAGGAUUCUGAAGGAGACUCAGAUGAAGAGGAAGAGAAGAGCCACGAGAGGGAAGAAUCUGAAAGCAAAUGUGGCUCUGAAGGAGAAGACGACGAUGAGGACGCGGAGCCCUGCCUAACAGGAACCAAAGUGAAAGUCAAAUAUGGACGGGGGAAGACACAGAAAAUUUAUGAAGCCAGCAUUAAAAGCACUGAAAUUGAUGAUGGAGAAAUCUUGUACUUGGUACAUUACUAUGGAUGGAAUGUCAGGUAUGAUGAAUGGGUGAAGGCUGACAGGAUAAUUUGGCCUUUGGACAAAGGUGGACCAAAGAAAAAACAAAAGAAGAAAGCAAAAAAUAAAGAAGAUAGUGAAAAGGACGAAAAGAAGGAUGAAGAGAGGCAGAAAUCCAAACGUGGACGACCUCCUUUAAAAUCUGCCCUUUCAUCAAACAUACCUUACAGUUUAUCUAAGACAACAAACAGUGAAGGAAAAUCAGACUCUUUUUCAUCUGAUAGUGAAACAGAAGACCCUUUAGAAAAGAAUUUGAUAAAUGAAGAACUUUCUCUUGAUAUUAAAGAAGAAAUAGAAAAAAAUGACAGUUUAUGUGAUGACAAACUAGAUGAAGAACAUCCAAAGAUUGUACAUAAUUUAAAGGAAAAUGAUAGGAUUCAAAUGCAGCCCUUGGAAACCAUGAAGUUAGAAGUUGCAGAGAAUGAGCAAAUAGUACAAAUUUUUGGAAACAAAGUAGAACAAGAAGAACUUAAGAAAGAGGCAGAAAAAUCUCCUAAAGGAAAGGGAAGACGAAACAAGGCAAAAGAUCUUCCUUUAGAAAUUAUAAAGAUUUCAUCAUUUAGCCAAGAUGAUGCAGGAAGUGAACCUCACAUAGAAGCACAUAGUCUUGAAUUUUCUUCAUUAGAAAGUAAGAACUUUUCUUCAGCUACAGAAGAUGAAAUUGACCAAUAUGGAAAAGAAAAAAAGUUGAAACGGAAACUCAUAGGAGAGUCAUCACCAGAGAAAAAAAUAAGAAUUGAAAAUGGAACGGAGAUGACAAAUAAUGUAUCUCAAGAAAGGACCAGUGAUUGUCUUGGCUCUGAGGGAGUAAAUAACUUAAACUUUGAACAGCACUUUGAAACCGAAAAUGAAGGAAUGCCAUCAUUAAUAGCAGAGUCAAAUCAGUGCAUCCAAGAACUGACUAGUGAAAAAUUGGAUAGUCCAGCUGAAGAAAUUGUAAAUACUUCACUAAAAGAAGAAGAGGAUGCAAUGCCCCUGAUUGGGCCUGAAACCUUGGUUUGCCAUGAAGUAGACUUGGAUGAUUUAGAUGAAAAGGAUAAGACCAAUAUGGAGGAUGUAGUAGUUGAAAGCUCUGAGUCGAACUCGCUUGUUUCUAUUCCACCCACUUUGCCUCCUGUAGUGCAUAACUUUUCAGUAGCUUCACCUCUUACUCUUAGUCAAGAUGAGUCUCGAAGUGUGAAAAGUGAGAGUGACAUAACAAUUGAGGUUGAUAGCAUUGCUGAAGAAUCUCAGGAAGGCCUUUGUGAGAGGGAAUCAGCAAAUGGGUUUGAAGCCAGCAUUGCCCCUAGCACCUGUAGUAUAAUUGUACAAGAAAGAGAAAGCAGAGAGAAAGGUCAGAAAAGACCAAGUGAUGGACAUAGUGGAUUAAUGGCAAAAAAACAAAAGCGAACUCCAAAGCGAACAAGUGCUGUAACCAAAAAUGAAAAGAAUGGAGCAGGACAAAGCAGUGAUAGUGAAGAUCUUCCUGCUGUAGAUAAUUCUAGUAAAUGUACUCCAAUGAAGCAUAUUACUGUAUCUAAGCCACAGAAACUUGCACGAUCCCCAGCAAGAAUCUCGCCUAACAUCAAAGAUGGAGAAAAAGAAAAACACAGAGAAAAACAUCCAAAUUCAUCCCCUAGGACAUAUAAGUGGAGUUUUCAACUCAGUAAGAAGCUUAUAGAUAAUCUGAAUAUAUAUUGUUGUGUUGAUUCCACAGUGUCUCAUGCUGGAGCCUCCAUGUCAUCAGCUUCAUCAGACACUGGAAUGAGUCCCUCAUCAUCAUCUCCCCCACAAAAUGUACUUGCUGUGGAAUGUAGGUGAUAAACAUUUUACCUGCUUUCUCAGCAGUUUGCUGCCAUGGACAUUAAUUCCCAAACCCUGAAAUACAACCACAGAAAGCACUCAACUGGUUUGACAUUGCUAAGUAUAUCCUGUAUAUUUUCCAGGCUGGAUUGUAUCUCUUCCCUUCUCUCUCUUUUUUUCUUGUUGCAAAAAAUAAGCUGAUAAAUAAUUGAAGGUUAGGCAGCCUGCCAUAUUUGUCAUAAUUUUUUCUUCUUUAUUUUUUCCAUUUUUUGUGAUAUAGAAAAAAAGGG